UUUAAAAAGAUGUAACCACUUUCAUACUCCUAAAUAAUAAGACUGUUGUGACUUCUUGCCUCAUACACUUGCCUACCCACGACCUCGUGACACUCCUACGUACAAGCGUCGUUUAGAGAUACAGCGUUUUAUUUCAGUCACAAACUCCAAAUAAUGCUAAAUACUACGUGAUUUUUUGCUAGAUCAUUUUGGAGUCUCUUCUUUAAUCCAUUAAGCCCAUUACGCCUUUGUGAGUGAUUUAUUUAGAUUAUGUUGGCGAGUGUGCGGAACUUUUGUGAGCGUCGUUGCGACACGUCAGCUAGAAGCAGUCGGACCAAUGUUAGCGCUGCACAGAAACACUUCCGGACUCUUCUGUGUUGAUGGUGUUGAUUCAUGAAGUAACCUGAUUUAAACCACACGUUUCUCGUUUUUUCUCGGAUGAACUCACUUGUGUUCAUUUGGCAUGUUGCUUAGUUUGCUAUCACCAUCACCAGGUAUGCAUGAUAUCAUCUCGAGAGUUUACAUGUGCAUGUUUUCGUCAUGUCUCGUGUUCGAAAUGAAACCUUGGUGGAGAUUGAGAGUGGUGCAGGGCACAUCAAGCCUGAUGUCUGGUGCCCCAACAUGGAGCACUCAGAUCUUCUCACUCGCAAGAAUGGACGGCAGAGGAAGAUGGCUGGUUCAUUUCUCUCUGAAAACAUAAAGGACUCUGAUAGAGUGGAGAUGAGCUCCUCUGAAUCUGAGAUGGAGGGAGAAUCAGAUGGUCUGAUUAAAUCCUCGGACUCUGAAGGGUCUUUCAGGAGACGUGCCAGGCCACAACAAGGAGUUCGUGGAGAGAUGGGAAAUAUUUUGUUACUUUUAUUUCUUUAUGUUCUGCAGGGGAUUCCUUUAGGACUUGCUGGAAGCAUUCCACUAAUUCUACAGGGUAAAAAUGCCAGUUAUAAAGACCAAGCCUUUUUUAGUUUUGUUUUUUGGCCUUUCAGUCUAAAACUUUUUUGGGCACCUCUAGUAGAUGCACUCUAUUUUAAAAAGUUUGGUAGAAGAAAGUCAUGGCUGGUGCCCACACAAUACCUUCUUGGUAUCUUCAUGAUCUGGCUGUCAUACACUGUUAAUGAACUGCUGCAUCGAGAGGGUGGACCUGAUAUUGUUACACUAACAUCAGUGUUCUUCAUGCUAGGUUUUUUGGCUGCCACACAGGAUAUAGCUGUUGAUGGCUGGGCUCUGACAAUGUUGUCUAGGGAAAAUGUGGGCUAUGCGUCCACCUGUAACUCUGUUGGCCAAACCGCAGGUUAUUUCCUUGGUAAUGUGCUCUUUUUGGCAUUAGAGUCUGUUGACUUCUGCAACAAAUACCUCAGGACAGAGCCUAAGGACACAGGCAUUGUCACUUUAUCAGAUUUCCUGUUUUUCUGGGGUGUGAUUUUCAUGGUAUCCACAACACUGGUGGCAAUUUUUAAAAGAGAAAAUAGACCCAUCAGAGGGAAGAAAAGAGUGAAGGAGGAGACCGAGAGCGUCAUGGAAACCUACAAGUUACUUUUCAACAUCAUUAAAAUGCCUACUGUAUUCACAUUUUGCUUCAUGCUUCUUACAGCCAAGAUGGGCUUCUCUGCAGCUGAUGCAGUGACAGGUCUAAAACUUGUCGAAGAAGGAGUCCCUAAGGAGCAGUUGGCCUUGCUGGCUGUACCUUUGGUGCCCUUGCAGAUUUUACUUCCAGUUAUCAUCAGUAAAUACACUGCUGGGCCCCGGCCACUGGAUAUCUUUUACAAAGCAUUUCCUUUUAGAUUGCUGAUUGGGUUGGAGUACGCUCUGCUAGUGUGGUGGACGCCAAAUGUCAGACAUGAAAAUGGAUUUCCGGUUUACUACUAUGGUGUAAUACUUCUUAGCUACGCCCUGCAUCAGGUGGCAGUGUACAGUAUGUAUGUAGCCUGCAUGGCCUUCCACGCCAAAGUAAGUGAUCCACUGAUUGGUGGGACAUACAUGACUCUCUUGAACACAGUCACUAAUCUGGGAGGCAACUGGCCUUCUACUGUGGCCCUGUGGCUGGUGGAUCCACUCACCACCAAGGAAUGCCAAGGGGCUCCUGGGCAGAGUUGUGCCUCAUCAGAAGCUGCUGGGCUGUGCGUAAAGGAGGGUGGAGUGUGUCUUACCACACUAGAUGGAUACUAUGUGGAGUCUGCGGUGUGUGUUGUGAUUGGUAUAAUCUGGUGGGUGUGGCUUGGAAAGAAAAUGAGGCGCCUGCAGGAUGAGAGUCCUGCUGCAUGGAGAUGUAGAGAUUAAAGACUAUUCCAAUGUAAGGCUGUGUGAAUAUGCUGCACAGUUUUCAGCUUCCACCAUGAAGAGAAUAAUGAAUUUUGUCAUUAUUGUCACUACAUACUUGAACUCGUUCCUCUAGCCUGAUAAAUUCUCCUCCAGCUGAGGCAGUCCUGACCAGAUCUGGAAUCUGGACACAGGUCCACACUCCUGGCAGGUUUCUCCAGCAGCACUGAAGUAUGGGUCAAAUGUAAAGGACACAUAUCCCUACAGGGACAAUAAAGUGUACUUUAUUUUUAAAUUAUGCAUUUAAUCAUUCACCUGCAUUGAAAAUCACAUGUUUAACUGUUACAUCUUAAUCACGGAGUGCAUCCAGACAAUGAAAACUGUACAGAAUACAUGCUUAAUUAUUUAUUUUAACUAGUGAUUCAAUGCCAAAGGGAAAUCAUAUAUUUUGGGGGACAUAUUAUGGUAAUUUUAAGAAAGAUUUGUCUCAGCUCUGGUACAAUCUGGGCCUUUUUCAAACUUUGUGCCUUGGUUGCAUUGAAAGGCCUUUCUGGUUUGACGCAUUUUGUGGUAAAAAUAUUCCAUAUACAAUUUUUGUUAAAAUGUACUUUCUCAUAAAAAAAUGAAGUCAUGCCAUUAAAAGCCUUUCAAAUUUUCAAA